UCACUCCGGCUGUGCCUCAGGCCAUCUCGCGCGGGAUCCGGUUUCAAUGGCGCCCGCGAGCCCCGAGCGGCCGAGCGAGAGGGUGGCGCGGGCUUAGGUCAUGAGAGUGCCCCGCCUGGCCUGGGCGCUGCUGUGCCGCAAGGCCGGCCUCCGCCUGUCACCUCGCAACGCACCGGGGCCCGGCCUGCGGCCUGGCGGAGCGCCGCGCGGCCCCGCUCUGCCCCGCGGCUACUCGGUGCCCAGCCCCCGCCCGUUCUUCAUCACCACCCCCAUCUUCUAUGUGAACGCGGCUCCUCACAUCGGCCACCUGUACUCGGCGGCGCUGGCAGACGCCCUGCACCGCUCCAGGCUGCUCGCCGGCUCCCACGCCAAGUUCGCCACAGGUACGGAUGAGCAUGGCAUGAAGAUCCAGCAAGCUGCAGAUGCUGAAGCCAAAGACCCACUGGAUUUCUGCACUGAAGUGUCUGACAAAUUUAGGACACUGUUCCAAAACUCCUCAAUUGCAUACACUGAUUACAUCCGAACCACAGAGGAGCGUCACAGAAAGGUCGUUGAGCAGUUUUGGUGUGUUUUGCGUGACAAUGGCUACCUCUACAAAGGAACAUAUGAAGGAUGGUAUUCCACUCCAGACGAGACCUUCCUCUCAGACGCUCAGGUUGUAGAAAGUAGGGAUUCAGAUGGAAACAGUGUAAAGGUCUCAUUAGAAAGUGGACACAAGGUUGAGUGGACUAAAGAGGACAAUUAUAUGUUCAGACUGUCCAGUUUCAGACCCCUGCUGUUAGAGUGGCUGAAAAACAACCCACAAGUGAUCUAUCCAGAGAAGUUUUAUCACAUUGUUGUCCACUGGCUGCAGGAUGAGAUGCCAGAUCUAUCAGUUUCACGACAGAGGAACCGUUUGAAGUGGGGCAUCCCAGUCCCUGGAGAUUCGACACAGACCAUUUAUGUAUGGUUAGAUGCUUUAGUCAACUACCUUACUGUGGCUGGCUAUCCACAGGACCACAGCUAUUGGUGGCCUGCAGCUCAUCACGUGGUUGGGAAGGACAUCCUCAAGUUUCAUGCCAUAUAUUGGCCUGCUUUCCUGAUGGCAGCUGGCCUGCAUCUACCAAAACAGAUCUAUGUCCAUUCACAUUGGACAGUCAAUGGUCAGAAAAUGUCUAAAAGUCUUGGUAAUGUUGUUGAUCCCUUGGAACGAUUUUCUGCAUACACGGCUGAUGGUUUCAGAUAUUUCUUGCUGCGGCAAGGCGUACCAGAUACUGACUGUGACUACUAUGAUGACAAGGUGCUCAAAGUUUUAAAUGCUGAACUAACGGAUUCACUGGGAGGACUCCUUAACCGUUGCACAGGUACAAACAUAAAUCCUGACCAAAUCUAUUCCCGUUUUUCAAACCAUUGUUUCCCUAAGAGGCACCAUGAGCAUCAAGUGGUUUGUCUUGGGAGAGCCACAACCGAAGACUACAAGUUGAUUGAACUGGUUGAGCGGUUGCCUUUAGAUGUCAAACGGCACUUUGACGAAUUCCGCAUUUAUAAGGCUUUGGAGGCCAUCAAUUUGUGUGUGCGUCUAACCAACGCCUUUUUCCACCGCCAUGCUCCCUGGAAACUUGACCGGGAGAAUGCUGCCGAUAGGAGCUGGCUGGAAACUAUUCUUCACGUCACAUUGGAGUGCCUGCGUGUUUAUGGAAUCCUGUUGCAGCCAGUCGUGCCAACCAUCGCUGACAAGUUGCUUUCACGACUUGCAGUCAACCUGCACGAGCGAGACUGGCGAUGGUUGAAUUUUUUAGCUAGAUAUCACAACAAUGAGUGCCUGUUUGAAGGAAGAAAGCUGGGAACUGACACUGGGCUCCUGUUUAACAGGUUAGAAAGAACUAACACAGCAGAUAGGAAGACUCAAAGAAACGCCAGAAAAAGAUCAAGUCAUAAAUAACUUAAAUAUACGUUGAGACUUUCAUUCCCUUAAUUAUCUUAAGCAGUGAUGCUUAGAAUUUAUUUAAUGUGAUCUUUGUAAGUAAUAAAACCAUUGUUUUAUA